UGUGUGUGCCUCUCAGUAGUGGCAAACUCAGAAGUUAGCUAGCUCCGCUCUUACACUCCAAGCAGCAGCGAAGUAGCUAGUGUUGUUGGCAACAAAGCGGUAGAUCUCGCGAGGUCGAGAAGAUGAAGAGCAGCACUCUCUUGACGAUCCUAGUGCUCCAGGCCCUUCUGGUCUCUGCAGCUAUGGCCAAAGGACAAGGGCCGAAGAAGGCGUGCUGCAAAGAGUGCACCAGCUGGUCGGGUGUCUACACCUGCGACGACCUCCUGACCAAGUGCGCCGCCACCUGCAAGCAAUGCGUCCCCGUGUCCACGGACAAGGGCACCCGCUACAGGUGCCGCGACUUCCUCCCCGAAGGCUGCCCCUGCAAGACCAACUGAUCCAUCCAUCCAUCCACACCACGCAUGCAUGGCCACAGCCGAUGGAUCUAUAUGCUCCGUCCGCCUUAUAUACUACUAUAUAUAAGGCGCAAAGAUUGUUGUUGUCUUUGCUUGUUUGGAAGAUGUCCCUUCUCCAUCGAGAUGGAAUAAAAUAAAGUCAGGCGCACUGAUAUGGUGUGUUAGCAUAUU